ACAGCGUAGCAUUAGAUAGAGCUACGAGGAAAUAACCUGUGAUUUGAAAAUACUUGGAACCCUGUCCUGUGUAUUUUAAUGAAGGUCCACAGCCUGUAGCAGCAACAGAGUGGUCACUCCCACGUGAAAGGCUGUAGCUCCUGGUUUAUUUUACUACCAUAAAAAUGCUUCUUUAGCCCAACUGUGCAAAAUCUGUCAAGUUGCAUAGUAUCGAAGAGGUCGAGAAAUGCAAUACUCCGUGUUGCUGGAUAGCCAAGCCAGAGAGACUAUAAAAGAAGUGAGCUACAGCUGUAUGACAGAGCUUUUCCCCUGUGCAUUUCAGAGAGCAACUGGUAACAUGGAUUGCACCUCGGAAGGGGACAGCUGAACUCUCCCUCUGGCUUUAGUGAGGAAAGAACAGCGAUGAAAUCCGUGGACUGUGUGCACGUCAUCCAACAGAAGGAUACCGCCUCCUCUCCCUCUGCCCCCCCUGGUGCUGCUUCAGGCACCACGGGACUUUUUUCUGUCACAUUCCUUUGGCUUGCAAUGCUCCUGUCCUCUUGUCUUGCAGCAGUGUCUCUUUACCAUGUUAUCACCCUGAAAACAGAACUAGAAGCCCUGCGCAGUGAGCUGAUCUACAGGGUCCAGGCAAGGUCUCCACUAGACCAGCCACCCGUGUCCCCUGAUGAAAAUAAAGUGGGUGCCCCUGCCUCUUCCCUCCUGCAAGUGUCUGCAGCCGGUGGCAGGCAGGAGAACAGGCUUCCAGGUCCUGGCCCAACUGAAAGCUUCCAAAAGGAAAUCUGGAACGGGAGCAGAAACAGGGGGAGACGGUCUGUUGUCCACACAGAAGAAAAAGUGCUGCAGGCCUGCUUGCAACUGAUCGCUGACAGCAAAAGUGAUAUCCAGCAGAAAGAUGAUUCAAGCAUUGUCCCUUGGCUUCUGAGCUUUAAACGUGGAACAGCUCUGGAAGAACAAGGAAAUAAAAUAGUGAUCAAAGAAACAGGAUAUUUUUUCAUAUAUGGCCAGGUUUUGUAUACAGAUACAACAUUUGCUAUGGGACAUCUAAUACAGAGGAAGAAGGCCCACGUGUUUGGUGAUGAUCUCAGCUUGGUGACAUUAUUUCGUUGCAUCCAAAAUAUGCCACAGUCUUAUCCAAAUAAUUCUUGCUAUACUGCUGGCAUUGCGAAAUUAGAAGAAGGGGAUGAACUUCAACUUACAAUACCACGAAGAAGGGCCAAAAUAUCCUUGGAUGGAGAUGGUACUUUUUUUGGUGCAGUUAGACUCCUCUGAAGCCCUUAAUUUCUGUUAUUAUGCUUAAUGCAGUUUUCUUCUUUUCCUAUGCCUUUGUCAGGAAAAAUAUUGAAUUGUAAUAAAGCUGCCAAUUCAGUCUCUCCCCAUCCACCACCAGCUUCUGAGAACUUUUCUUCCGUUUAAUAAGUGAACCCAAAACAGGAAACACACCAGACAGUUGUGAGAUAUAACCAUCGUGUGAUUACCAGAAAUCCAAUUUCUUUUAGGCAAAGGGAGACUCUAAAUAAAAACUGUAAAGCAAUGUUCUUUUGGCUUUGAAAUAAAAUCUUGUCCAUAAAGCAUAUCAAAGGAGUUGUCCAGAAAGUAUAGCAUAAACAGAACCAUUGACUACCAAAUUAUUAUCCAUAAUUAAAAAGGAAAACUAAAAAGUACAUCUUAGAUUCACUUUGUUUCAUCGAUAAAAUAUAUGAAGUAUAAAGUAUGAGGAAGAAACAUCAAACAGUAGAUUCCUCAUCACAAAAUAGAGGUAUCAGGUGGGUUCUGGGUAGAGGGUUUUUGGUUUUUCUUUGAUACCAAGAUUUUGGGGAAGAAAAAAGUCUAAAUAUAUGGGAUACUGAAACAAACUCCUCAGAAGUAUGUAGACUAGCAGCCAUUGGCUUGCUUCUUCCCUGUGAACACAAGGUGUAUAAAUUACUAAAAUUUUGUAGCAUUUGCUAAUUAGAAUUAAUUUUACUUGGAAAAGGACAUGUAAGAUGCUCCAAUCUUCAAAGCUUUCCUAGUCAUCAAAGAAUAUGUGUAUACUUCUUUGUAAGCAAGGCAAGGAUAGAAAGAAACACGGUGAGAUCAGACUCAAUACAGUAGGUGGAAUUGGAUUUCUGGCUUCAUAUCUGCAGUCAUAUAUAGAUGUUGUGUAUAUAUACACACAGUAUAUAUUUAUGUAUAUGUAUAUAUAUGGAAGUAUGCACACACACGUAUAUAAGCCUUUGGCAUUUGGGAAUAGAAUUUAAUCUUUUGAAUAGUUUAUCCAAUGGAAGUGUUACUGCAUACUGAUGUUCCAUAUCUUUCUUGCUUUUUGCUGUGAUCCAUUCUAGGCAGUAUAAUAAAAAGAAAAAAAAAAACCACAAUAAACCUGGAACAGACAUUUGUUUCCCAGAAAUCUGGGCUCAAACCCUAGGUUAACUAUAGGCUUUUUCUGCAGUUAUGAAUAUAUUGCUCAAUUCUGUUUUACCAAAAAAAAAAAAAAAAUAUUAAAAAAUCGGUCCUGUAGAAAGUCUAAGCAGAUAUCUUUUUUUCUUUCCUUUUGUCUGUCUGGUUUGUUCAGUAGAUAAGGUGUAUGGCUUUUUUUACCCCAAGAAUCCAUGUGUAGUGGUGGUCAAGGUAAUAACAUGGUCAAGACUUCUAGGAAUUAUUGUAAUAGAAAUGGAAGUUGAAUACUUAUUCCACUGAUCUUCAAUGAAGUAUUGAACUGCUAGUGGAAUAGAUAAAAUAAUAAAACCCACAGUAAUUAAGUGUACUUAAUUUGAACAUAUUUUUUAGGUGUUGAAAAUUGUGUCAUAUAAGCUCAUUUAGUAAAGAUGCUUUGCAUAUUGCA